CCUCUCUCUCUCUCCCUCUCCCUCCCUCCCUCUCUGCUCCUUCCCUGCUUGUUCUCUUUCUCUCCUCCUGCCCCCACCUCUAUCUCAAAAUAAAUAAAUAAACUUAAAAGAAGAAACAAAAGGCCCAGGUAGACAUGUCCAGAAAGGUGAUAUAUCCAGUAGGGCUUGGUUGAGUGAGACUUUUGGGUGGUGCAGAUCCUUGAACACAUUCUCCACCCAGGACCUGAUCCUUGGCCUGUCCCUAAAAAGUACUUCUUCCAAUUCAGUGGUGCAUCUGCUGUGGAAAACAGUAUGACAGCUCCUCAAAACAUUAAAAAUAGAAUUACCGUAUAAUCCAGCAAUUCCGCUUCUGUAUAUACACCCAAAAGAAUUGAAAGCAGGGACUUGAAUAGAUAUUUCUACACCCAUUUUCACAGCAGCAUUGUUUACAAUAGCCAAAAGUUAGAAGCAUCCUAAGCGUCCAUCAACAGAUGAAUGGAUAAACAACUGUGGUCUGUUCAUAUAGUGGAAUAUUAUACAGCCUUCAAAAGGAAGGCAAUCAUGACAAAUGUAAUAUGGAUGAAUCUUGAGGACAUUAAGCCAAGUAUAAUAAGCCAGUCGUAAAAGGAUAGAUACUAUAUGAUUCUGCUGUAUCAUACUGUAUGGUAUGAUACAUACUUACCCAAAAGGAGUCAAAUUCACAGAGACAGAAAGUGGAAUGGUGGUUGCCAGGGGCUGGGGAGUCAGUAUUUUAUGGGUGCCGAGUUUCUGUUUUGCAAGAUGAAAAAGUCUUGGAGUUGGAUGGUGGUGAUGGCUGCACAACUAAUGCCAUUCAACUGUACACUUAAAAAGGGUUGAAAAUGGUAAAUUUUAUGUUAUGUGUAUUUUACUACAAUAAAAAUACUACUGCUUUCGUUACCGCUGCUACUACUGAUACUAGUGAUAAUAAAUGAUGUGGCACUGCAUACUUAACACAGAAUAUCUCAUGUAAUCCUCCCAAUAACCCUAAGUAGAUACUGUUAACAAGUAGUUAAGGACUGUACUGAGGUUCAGAGAGGUUAAUACAUUUGUCCAAGGUCACACAGCUAGCAAAUGGCUGAACUGAGCCUUGAAAACACAGGUCUGUCUGUCCAAAACCCAGUCUCUCAACCAUACCUAGACUGCCCCACACUUUGAUUAAAGCACAGUUGAACUUGACACUAUUGACAUUUUGGGUUGGUUGUGUAGCAGCAUCCUGGUCUCCCUCCACUAGAUGCCAACAACACACACUUCCCACCCCUCAAAGGGAGAUGGCCAAAGAUGUCUCCAGAUAUUACCAAAUGUCCCCCAUGGGGCAAGGUCACCCCAGUUAAACCCACUGGUUUAACAGGGGCCUCUUGGCAGCACAGAGGAUAUUGGACAGUUGCCGUCGCUCUCACCAAGGUGGAUUCGCCAGCCUGCAAGUAGCAGAUGUUCAAGCUGCUGCUCACAGGCUUGUGAGAGCCCACAUUUUAAAGCUACAUCAGUGGCUGGAAAUUAGCUUGUGCACAAAAGAUCACUGGGGCGGGAGGGGGGGGUCAUAAAUGCUUUCUUUGCCUGUUAAAAAGAUUUUUUUCACAGGGGACCCCCCACUGCCUGCACCCCCUCACCCUUAAACUGCCCAGACAGCUUGAACAUCCCUUUUGGCAUAAGGCUGGCCCACCUUUACUUGUAGCUUGAGCAUUGUUCAUUUGUAAGAUGGUUCAUAUUAGCAGGAAAAUGUCCACACAGGCCUGGGUACGUCCAUACAUGGUCCAUACAUGCACAUAGUGGAAUUAUAGCCUUUCAGUGAAAGGUGCCAGGACACUUUGUUGGAUGAAUAAAGAAAGUGGUAGAAUAGGAUCCCGUUUUUGAGAAUAAUUCUACCUAUGAAUGUACAUGUCAGUUGAUGCAUAGAGAAAAGCCCAGAGCGGACCAACGGUUUUGUUCCUAUCUGUAGCCCCAGUGGCACAGCACACAGUAGGUGCUUAAUCAUUAUUGAUAGCUGAAUCAGAGUGGAAAGACUGGGCUGUCAAACUUUCUUCUUUGUGUGCUUUUCCAUCAUUUGAAUUUUUUAUAGUGAGCGUAUAUUAACUUUGUGGCUAAAGGAAAAAAAAAAAACUUCCCCCAAAGAAAGGAAAUUAAAAAAAUAAAAUUAUGCCUUGAACUUGCUUAGCUCUUCCCUUCCUUCUACAGAGCUCAAAACCCACGUGCCCAUCUUGCCUGAGCCAUGGGAAGAAACAAGCUUGUGCUUUAUGGUCCUUGUUUAGUCAUGCAUGAUAACAUUGGACUCCUGAAGAAAGCUGCUUCUUUAUUUAUUUCUCUCACUUUGGUUUUUCCCUUGGGCUUUUGAAGGGGGAAUAAACCAACAGGCACUGGGUGUGGACAAGAAGGCAGUUAGAGAAGGGCUUGGGCCCUGGAAAAUUCAGUCUUGCCGCUGCACCUCAGGUGGGAGGCCGAGGGCCGGACCAAGUGACCUUUAGGUGGGGGAGGGAGCUUCCAUUCCUGUGACUUUCUUUCUCUGUGGCUUCAAGAUCCUUCCAGAGCUGCCCAAGCACUUGGAGGAGGUGGGGAGCAUAUGGAGGUCAGAGAGGAAGAACAAGGAAUAGAUCAGGGGAGGGGGCGGGGGAGCAAGUUUCAGGACCACAAAGAAGAGGGGUAUGUCAUCUUUAUGUGCAGUGAUGGAAGAGGGUGAAGAAACACCCCCACCCCCACCCCCACCCCAGCCUUCUGAUUUCCAAAUAUUCGAAAGGCCUUUGAGUUUAUACAGUUGCAUCUCAGAUGUUUUUUAAAGUUUACAACUGACCCGAUUUGUAGAAAAAGAUAAACACCCUUCCUAUGUUUGGAGUCAUAUGUAAUUUUUAUCUCUUGACCUUUAAAUGUAAGCAGCAGUAAAAUGAAGAACUAUUGCAGUCAUUUAACACUCUGGCUGUACUAACUGGUUCCUGCCUGAGAACCGUGGUUUUAAAUUGGCUAAUGCAGAAUACUUGCAGAGCUAAUAAUAAUUCAGAUUACUCCUGUCAGCUAUUCCGGUUUCAUGGGUAAUUUAGUAGUUGAAUAAAUUUUUAAAAAAAUUCAUUCGUUACCAUGCACUGUUAUGAAUCAGUAGAUGGUUUACCAUUGGCAGCAGUAACUGUAAGAAGAUUUAAAUUGCUACUGAAAAGGAUUUGAGUGAAGGUAAUGUUUUAUAAUGUUCUAAGCCAUAUGCACUACUUUCAGGCCUCAUCAGUUUUACAUUGAUUCCUAGUGAAGUGUUUAAUUGCAUCAUGAAUGCAAUAUAAUUCAGUUCUUUCUGCUAAUAUGGUAUAUAUCUCAAAGUGAUAUACAGCACUGACAGGGAGAAUUCGCAGUUUCGUCCGGAUUUGGGAGGGCAGUGAGAAUUGGGCGCCUACUGGAUGCAUGGAGAGCAGGCGGCAGAGGGGGAGGCUACAGUCUGGUGCCAUCUUGCUAAGACUGGGUGGGAGGGGGUGUCAUGAGCUUGUGUGGGGAGGGGGAGGCUGUGUUGUCACCAGCCCUCAAUGCUGACGGCCAGCCAGAGAGGCGUCUGGUGCUGUAGGCCUUCCCUAGGAGGGCAGGGAGAUCUCCUAGUGGGCUUACUAGUCACAUAAGGCUGGCCAAGCCCACUCCCGCCGUCAAAUGCUCAUGGAUUUCGCCUGGCCAUCUCACUGGCCGUUUCUAAGUGGUUAUCAGAAAUUGGGUUUUCUGGGGCACCUGGGUGGCCCAGUUGCUUAAGCCUCUGACUCUUGAUUUCGGCUCAGGUCGUGAUCUCAUGGUUCAUGAGUUCAAGCCCCACAUCAGGCUCUGUGCUGACAGUGUGGUGCCUGCUUGAGAGUCCCCCUCUCCCUCGCUCUCUGCCCCUCCCACACAUGCAUGUGCAUACUUGCUCAUGUUCGCCAGCCUUCUCUCUUCCCUCUCAAAAUAAAUAAAUAAACAUUAAAAAAUAAUUAACACAAAUUAGCCUCAGAUACUAUUGAUGGCUGCCUUCAACUGGGAACCACUUGAUAUCUUGGUUCUGAAUUUUUUUUAAAGUAUGUUUCAGUGCAUUCAUUUGCUCAGGCUGCCAUAACAAAGUACCACAGACCAGGUGGCUUCAACAACAGAAAUUUAUUUUCUCACAGUCCUGGAGUUUGAGAUCAAGGUGUCAACAGCGUUGAUUGCUUUUGAGGGCUCUCUCCUUGGCUUGCAGGUGGCCAUCUUUGUGUUCACCAGGCAGUUCUCCUUCUAUGCCUGUCUGUGUCCAGAUUUCCCCUUUCUCUAAGGACAUCAGUCAUAUUGGACUAGGGACCUCAUUUUAACUUGAUCGCCUCUGGAAAGACCCUAUGUCCAAAUAAGAUCACAUUCUGAGACAAUGAGGGUUAGUACUCCAACAUAGGAAUUUUGGAGGACACAGUUCAGCCCCAUAACACCCUGUAUAGAAAGAAGGCGCGCGCGCGCGCGCGCGUGUGUGUGUGUGUGUGUGUGACUGUGGCAGGGUGGAUGAGGGCUCUCAGUGAAGGGAACAAGGGAACAGUGCUAACUGCACUCUAAUCAGAAGGCUCUUUCUGUCAACCCCUGUGAAUGAUGUGAAAGUCAGACUUGCUUGUCACGUCAAUCCCUUCUCCAGCAGGACCUUAAAAUCAGAGUUCAUGCAUUUUCAGAUAUCUGAUUAUUGUGCAGCCACAAAGCAAACGCCUAGGACCCGGGGCUCCCCCCUCAGCCUGGCGCCUCGAUGUAAUCAGAGCCUCCUUUUUAUCCCCACUCUUGAGGAAGGCCAGCCAGGCCACCUUUUUGAUCAUUGUAACCUUGAUGCAGAAGAAUAAUUUAUCCAUGCCCCCGGACAAGGAAAUUGCAAAAUAUUAUUUAUGAAGGUGAGCCGACACGUCGUAAUUCUGGCCCUGCAUUUCUGGAUGUGGCUGGCCAAGAUGGGGGAAAUGUGGGUGAUGUUUGAUAAUAAAAUGGGACAGUGUACCCAUGAGAUACAGGUGUGGGAGGAGCAGGGAGUCAGGCAUCCCACAAGAGAGAUUUCAGGGAAUGAGAAUUACUCUAGAAGCUGACCCAAACUGCCUUUCCAUGGACUCUCAGGUCAGAAGUGGAAGGAGAAAAGUCUCCAGGAUAUAGAGGCUGGUGUGAGAGGGGAUACUGAACAGCACUGUGGGCAGAGAAAGUCACGGGGAUCUUCUUUUGAGGAUUGUGACCUUGGUUUGGGGAACUUGGGAGGUUUGCAGUACAGUGGUUAUGAGCCCUGGUUUUGGAGCUAGCCAGCCUUGAGUUUGAGUCCUGGUUGUCUAUAGCUUUCUUUGUAGUUUUGUGACAUUGAGCAAGUUAGGUCACUUUUCUGAACCUGUUUGUUCAUCUGUACAAUAGGAUUAAUAACAAAUCAACCCAAGUGUUGCCUCGAGAGUAACAUGAGAUAAUGCAGGUAAAAUGUAACUGUCUUUUCAGUGGGCCUGACUCCUUACCUAGCAGCAAUUAAGUUGAGUGUCUAAGGAUGCAGCUCUGGAGCCAGAUAGCUCUUAGACCUUAGACUAGCCACUUCAUCUCUCUGAACUUGCAUUUUCCUCAUCUAUCAAAUGGGCACAAAAAAGAUUACAAUUUCGUAGGGUCCUCUUAAGGGUUGAAUGACUGAAUGGAAGGAGAGCAUUUAACAGUGCUUGUCUCAUAGUAAAUGCUCAGUAAAUGUUGGCCAUUAAUAUAAGUUCCUAGGACAUAGUUCUUGGCAGUCUUUCUUCUGAGAAGCCGUUCCCAACCUUGACUCGGAUUUAGAGGCAGCCUGUCUCCCAUCUGCCAAUGCUGUCCUGUCGAACAACAUGCUUAAUUUAAAAAUCCAAAUGGAUUUGCAUUCCUUAUGAUUUGAAAAAGUGCUCUGAGCACUGAGAAGUGCCCCAUAAGGGGGCAGAAUAUAUGUUCCCCGGGGGAACCACUGCAGCAUCUGUCCACCACAGAGGAGAUGGCAGACCCCAGCAGACCCCAACAUCUCUGACUGCCCAACUCACAGACCGGUUGUGGCAACUAAGCACCACGACUCUUAGGCAUCAGCCGUGGGAAGUUCAGCCCAGUAAAUGUUUUGCAGUCUCUCAGCAAUUUGGGGUUCUACCAAAUUAGCGUUUGGUAUUGAAUUAGUAUUCAUUUUCUCUAAUAUGAUAUAAAAGUAUAAUCACAUUAGUGACUUUUAUAGCAUAUUAGAUUAUACAUUUGGAACACGUCCCCGCCUGAAGCAGCUUUAGGCAAAAAAAAAAAAAAAAAAAAAAGUCCCGCCAACAACAAUAACAAGCAAACCAUCUUCCACCCUGGCUCGCAAGCCCGGGCUUUUCCAGCUGGGCUGCAGCAACCUGGAUAGAAAAUUCUCUGCUCUCUGCCUCCUGGUCCCUACAGAGAAAGAAUUUUCAUUCCACCGCCAUGAUUUGUGAAGCAUUGAAUUUAAGACCUUAAUAGUCGUUCCAAAUGAAUGUUUCUUUAAUCCCGGGGCAGAAACGCAGGCUGUGGUUGAGAUGUAAUUAAUAGCACUAAUUACUCUUCUCUCCCUCCAUCCACUUUUCCUCCUGCCAGCAUCCCCGUUCCCCAAGAAACCUGGCAGGAACACCAGAAAUAUUCACCUUUUGCUCCAAAAUGUCCCUGGACAGAGAAACCAGGGCUCACCCCAAUAAUGGCUCUCUGUUUUGAAAGAUUUUCCUUCUGCCUCCCAAUGGUUCCUCUAGUUCUGGGACUCCUGGGCCUUCCAGAAGUUUAGAUUUUUUAGGACCUGUUUCCAGCCAUCAUGGUGACUCAGCCAGUUGUGAAGGGUGAUGUCCUAAGGAGACAGCAGCACAUGGCCUGACUUUCCUGAGCAUUUUUCUCUGGACUGUAACCUCAUUGAUGCAUUGGUUCAAACAUAGAUGAUGUUGCUUACAGACUCCCCAGGGUGCCUGCCUUCAGAGGGACCCCAUCAAACCAUUUUUCACUACAAAGAAUAAAGGAUGAAAUUUUUUUUCUACGUGUAAUGAAAGCAAGUAAACUGGUCAGGAGAGCUAAAAUGAUUUAUUUAUACAUUGCCUCGUUCCCAAAUAAUUGAAGGCUGGGUAGACUCACCCGGAUAGGCUUUGAACGUAGGUUGCAUCUUGCAUGCGAACUCUGAGAAUUCAGCUGUAGUAGCUUCCUGGAAUGUCACAUUGAGAAAGAUUCUUAGACCACAUUCCAGAUCAGCAAAAGAGAGUCUCAUUCAGUCUAUAAACAUCUGAUGUGCCAGGCACUGCUGUAGGCACCAGUGCCACUGCCUCCAACUGGGUAGCCAAAAUCCCUCCCCUAAAAGAUUCACAUUCCAGUUGGGAGAAGCUGACAAAAAAUACCAAUAAAGCCAGGUCAUGCAGGGCUUGAGCACAGGAGAGAGUUGGCACAUCCUAUUCUAAUUGCAAUGGAAAGCCAUUGGAGGAUUUUUAAUAGGGAAGUGCCAGUAUCUGGUUUAUGUUUAAAAGAUAAAAGCUUUUUUAAAAACAAUCACUCUGGGAAAGGAGACAGGGGGGAGAAGUUAGAAGGAAAGGUUCAAGGUUUUUGCAGGUGUCUGAACAAGGAAUGGUGGGGGAUGAGUAACAAUUGAUUUGAUUUGAACUCUAUUGUAGAGAUCCAGCUGACCAAAUGGGCAAUCCAUUAGUAAUGUCUGCCACAGACGUGAGAGGUGACAGUGAGCACUUGGAUGCUAUAUUUGCCAUCUCUAUAAGUCAUUUUUAGGCUGGUGAAGGGAGCUAGAGAGGAUGAAAGGGUCACUCAGAGAUAGUAAUCCAUGGCUUUAGUAACAGCUACAGAUAUUCCAGGGAAAUUUGAAGGAGAAUAUUCACUGACUGUCCUUGCAGACAUUAUGGGGAACUUAGGCAUAAGAUGCCAUAUUGUCUUAACUAGAGAUUGUCCAGGGAUCAGUAAAGCAAAUGGGACCUUCAAAAGACCAAUAUUAGACCAAAUCCCUGUAGAGAUGUGCAGAGGACCAACAUGAUUCCAUAGAGACAUACUCAAGGAGGUUCAAAGAGAAGAAGCUAGGCAGAAAGCCAUCAGUGGAAACAGUUAAUAGGAAAACAGGUUUUAAUUAUCUCAGGUGAAAACAGAGGAUCAGAGACAAUCCCCUCUUCUCUCCACCCUACAAAUAGGAAGGACUCAGCAGUGUUGGUGGGGGGCAAGAAGAUAAAUAGCAAAUAACCAACUGGUGGCCCCUUUGGGUUGUUUUCUCCUUCUCCUCUUCCCCUUCUCCCACCUCCUCCCCACUCCUCCUCUAAAGCUCUGUCUUCUCUUAAGAUCAGACACUUGGCGAAAGUCAGUCAUCAUGUGAUUUAGCAGGGUGAAAAGUCAGCUUGGCAUUGGGCAAGGAACUGGAUUUGGAGAGGGAAGAGCCACUUGAAAAGCCUGGAGCACCUACAUGAUGCUGCAAGACUGCAGUAUGGGGAGCCCCGUGAAUCCUGUUACAAAAUAUUUUUAAACCAUUCAGAAUAAGGGAAAUUUGGUGAGAUUAUGAUACUGAACAGGGCUCUAUGUGUAAUGUAUAACUUUCUAUUUUUAAAAAAGGUAUGAGGACAGGCUUUGUGGUUAUAGUCCAGUCUCUUCAACAUCCAUUCCUAGGAAGAGUCUAGAAAAACUGUUAAACUAUAGUCUCUGUCCUUGUGCCCUUGAUUCUCACAGUUGGCUGUGUGGCUUCAGGAGCAUCCAGCCCUAGACAAACUUAAUUUCCUUCUUUGACACAGGCUGGCCAUGAAGAUAGAGGGUGCAGGAAAUAGGACCCACAUGAGGCCUCUACCCCAGCCCCUUCCCCUCAAGCCUGGAGCGAGUCAUGCAGACCCCUGGCUCUCAAACCCAACUGAUGUUUGGACCCCUUGCUCCUACCCAGAAAGGUGCUGACAGCACCCACCUGGGAACUCAGCCUGGCCUCUCGAGCCAGAAUGCUGGGCCAGCUUGGAGAACCCCUGGAGUAUCCUAUUUUAAAAUACUAAUUUUCAAGGAUACAUUACUCUAUAAGCAAUAUACACAUCAUCUUUUAAACUGAGACAUUAAAGAUGAGCAUAGAGUGAAUGGUAAAUCUCCUCAACUUGUAGCCCCCUUUUGUCUGCUCCGCAUUUAUUUGUUUUUCCAGGACACUUUAACCAUAGACAAGCAUACAAGUAUAGCCCCUUAUUAAAGUAGAAAAGAGAUUAGGGGAUUAUUCCUUCCUUCCUUCAAUACUUAUAAAGUGCCUACUGUAUGCUGGGUGCUGAGAAUAUAGCAAUGAACAAAAGAAAAAUUGUCUUUCAGGAUAUGAACAGUCUAGGAGAGGGCUGGGGGGAACUGAUGAGAAACAUAAACAAAUAGAAUAAAAGAAUCGCAUAUUGUGGUCCUACAAAGCAAAUCAACAACGUGCCAUGGUAGAGCAGCAGGGGAAGGGGGUAUUUAAUGGAUUAUGAAAUAUAAGGAGUCUGCCAUGGAAAGAGGUGUGUGUCUGGAUGUGAGGUGUGUUUUCGGUGUCUGGGUAGUGUAGGAUGUAUCUGGGUACGUGUGUUUUUAUCUCUGUGUCUGGGUGUGUGCUUCUUUACCCCUGUGAAUAUCUGAGUGUCUGGGUUUGUGUGUGUGUCUGCAUGUGCACGUGUGUGUGGAUCUUAUCAGAGAGGGUUGUUCUGGGACUGAGAGCUCUUGUGACCAGAGCCAGUGGAGGUUGGAAGUGCAGGGGGAGAGCAGAGCUACACUUAGCUGUGCAGGCUCCUUAGCUACAUGGGGGGGUCUGGGUUUUUGACUCAGUACCCACAGAACUGACAGAAGGCCAUCCAAAAGCAUUAUUAGGGAUCUCUCUGAAACAGUAUUAUGGGGGCAAGCACAUGGCCUGGAGGAGGCUGGGUGGGGGUGGAGAAUGGUUUGGGCUUCACUAAAAGUGGAGGUGAGGGGGCUCACUGGUAGGUGAUUUAAUGUGGCAGAAUGGAAUGAAUGGAAAUGCCUCCCGGGCUCCUGGCCUGAGCAUCUGGAUGGAUGUACCACCUUUUCCUGAGAUGGGGAAGAUGCUGGGAGAAAGAGUGAGGAGCAGACAGGAGCCCAGGGUUCCUUCUUGGCCAUGGCAGAUCUGAAAUGGCCUCCCAGAGGGAUGUCAGUUCUUCAGGGGGGUGGGCCAUUGGAGCUCAGAGUCCUGUGGCCUGGAAGUGAGUCCUGGGCUGGGUCCUUAGAGGACCUGGCCAUGUCCAAGGACCAGCUAGACCACCUUUCCCUGGCUCUGAGGCCCUGAGCAGAGCAUCGAAGGCCCCCAUCAGUUAUGUUAGCACAGCCCUGGGGGGGUACUGAUGCAAGAAACCAUUAGAGGGAUGUCUGCUCUGGGGACCUGGCCCCAAACCUUAGCAGCAGGGAGCUGUUUGGAGCUGGGGUAUUUGUGGGCCUGGGUCUCCCAGCAUCCGAGCUAUGGAACAGUAGAUCACCUCCCCAGAGGCUGGGACAGGCUUCCCAGAGGCCAGUUUCUGUUACCCUUAGCUCAGAAAGUAAAGGUACAUUGCAUUGCUAAGAUGAUCAUCUCUUGUGUGCCUUGGUUGAACGUAAUCUUUAAAAGCUAGAGCUGAUCCUUUCGUAGUUCUUAAGCAUGAUGAUUGGGUGUUCACACUGUUAUGUGACACGUGCCUCCCUCAAAUCUUGUUAAGACCUUGUCCCAUUACCCAUCUGACAUAAGAAAAAGAAAAAAGCUAAAGCUGCUGAGCAUUUUACUGUGUCAGUCCUAACGACCCAUAAGCUGAGUUGAUCCUCACAACAACCCCUAAGGCAAGUUCUGCAAUGAUUCCCAUUAUACAGGUCAGGAAACUGAGGCUCAGCAAAGUCGUGGUUGCACAGCAGUUCGUAGACAGGAUUUGAAACUAAGCCAGUCUAACCGCAAAGCCCGUUUUCUUAGUUUUCACAUGCUGUGCCAAACGCUUGCUAUAAGUUAUCUCUUAAAGUCACAGGUACUCUUCAAUGGGGUUACCAUUGUACCCAUUUUGCAGAGGGGGAAACUGAGGCUCAGAGAGAGGAAACACCUGGGUCAGGAUCACACAGCUUUUAAGUGGCAGCACCAGAAUUUGAACGCAAGGAUAUAAGAAACCCUGAACUUUCUUUUGAAUAUGGGACAUGCCUCUGACUACCAACCCCUGCCUCCCUGUCUCUGCUGGCAGUAAAGGUCUCUCAUCCCCCCAGCCCAAAGUGUCCCAAUGACCCACUGAGGGCAGGAGACAAGACUCCAUCCUUGGGGCUGCCUCAGCAACGUCCUAGGCAGGGCUUUACAAAUUAAUGAGAAACAUCAGAGGUUCGUGGGCUCCUUAGAUUAUGAUGGGACCUGAUAAGACCCCAUCUCAGUGGGUUUAUCACUGGAGUUCCUGCCUGGAGCCCUUGGUGGGCAGGGGCUGGCACUCAUGUUGGACUUAAGUAGCGUUAAAGCCCCUACUUCUGGGACAUGAAGUCUAAGCCAGCUCAUGGGGGUUUGGGCCACUCUGUCCACUGGGAGACCCCAGUGAUUCAUUAGGACAGUUCUUUCCAUCAGAGCAUUGAUGGGACAACGCUAAACAGCUCAUGAGCAGUGGGGACCCGGUGUGGGAUUCACCAUUCACUUUAGCAUUUAUACUUCAGAAAAUACGUGUGCACGCAUGUGUGGGUGUGUUUCCAACCAGUAGUUGGAAAAUCACACCCUGAUUUAGAAAAUCUACCUACUGAAGCUUCCAGAAGACCCUUGUUUGAUUAGCAGAGCUGUUAAGAGUAUGGGAUUUGGGGUCAUGCUACUGAAUUCACAACCCAGCUCUGUUGCUUGCUGGCUGCCUGGCCUUGAGCUUGACUGCUCUUAACCUCUUCAGUUUUAAGUUUUCCCACCUCAAUGCAUAUUUGAAGAAACAAACGAGUGCCUAGAACUGAAUCUGGUAUAAGCUGUGCACUCAGUUUAUGUUAGCUAAGUGCUACAAUUGUUGCAAUUGCAGUCUAAAAUAAGUUUUUCUGGAAAGGGGCAGAUAGUAAACAUUUAUGCUUUACAGGCCAUGUGGUUUUUAACUACUAAUCUCUGCCACUGUAACAGGAAAGCAAUCAUGGACAAUAUAAUAUGUACAUGUGUAGAUGUGGUUUCAUCCCAAUAAAACUUCCCUGUGACUUAUGUAUGAACAUGGUGGGGAGAAAAGUCAUUUUUCUUCUGGGAGAAUGCGACCCUGGGAAAGCCAGACCUGGUGAGAAAGAAGAACACCUCAGAGGGAAACAGGGCUAAGAGAAAGAAAUCAAACCUUGUCAAUAUUGUUUGAGCUGCUGGAUCUAGCCAUGCCUGAAGCUACUCCUGCAUUGUUCAGAUAGGUGAGCAACAGUUUCCCUUUUAUGCUUAGGCUACUUUGAGUUGGGAUUCUGCUGCUUACAACCAAGAGUCCUAAAUUAUCUAAGCCUCUGCCCCAGUCGGGUAUAACUACUUACCUGCUGGUAUCUACUGACUCACUCCCACUCUUCCCUGCCAGGAUCAAGUUUAUGACACUACCCAAGAGCAUCCUUUAGUCACAAAUAUAUAACUUUCUUUUCCUGUGGGGGCUUAAAUAGUUUCAUUUUCAAGGUUACAAAAUCCUUAGCAAGUAGGUGACUUCAUUUUCAUAAACUUUAGUCCUCUCCUGUAAAAUGAAGUUAAUCACUGGACCAGUGAUUAGGGUGUGUUAAAAGGGUUAAUAUUUAUAAAUGCUUGGAACAGUCCCUUGUACCUACUAAGUACUACCUAAGUAUCUGCUGUUGCUACUACCUGGAAACGGAGCUCACAGAUUCUAGGCAUUUUCCUGACAGAUGAAGGAGACUAUCAGGCAGGGAUUGGUCUUUCCAUAUUCCCAGCACCGGUGCAGGCCUCGUAUUGAGUGGGCACUUGGUAUUUGUUGAAUAAGAGUUAGAACAAGACAAGGCAGUCAUGGAGAGUGGAAGUGAGAGACCCGCAUGGAUUGCGGCAAACUCUGAGGUGUUUGUGAUUAGGAGUCAAGCUGUAAUUGCUUCGGGGAUUUAUAAAACCUUGAGACACGGAGGAAUGUUAGGGGACGCACAAGCAAUUUAGGGAUUUGAGUGUUUGGGAUUUAGGCCUUAGCUACUUAAAGUGUGGUCCACCAUGGACCAGUAUCAGCAUCACUUGAAUGCCUGUUGAGAAAGGCAGGGACUCGGCCCCACACCGGACCUCUGGAGUCAGAAUCUGCACUUCGACAAGAUCCUGGGUGAUUCUCGUGUGCAUUAAAGUUUGAGAAGUGGAGAGGACAGGCAGAUGCUGCGGACGUGGUCUCUGUGUCUUGAGGGGCUGCUUAUGGAGGUGAGGAUGUGGGGCAUGUGGGCCUGUCAGCUGUUUUGUUAGGAAUGCGUGCUGGCCUCUGCCCUUUGGCACAGUGGGUCACACCUGCCCAGACACACUGCUGGCCCGGUAAGUGGUCUCUGACGUUGCCGCACAGUGGUUUGAGAAAACUACCACCCAGCUUCACUUCUUAAAAGUAAAAUGAAAGGUUCCUUGUCCUUCACUCAAACAGUCCCUGCUUUGUAGUCUUGCUAACUUUGUGCAAACAGUAACAGCAAUCAGCGAUAUGUAGCUUGUGAUAUCAUACAUGUUGUGAUUUCUUUUUCCUGAUCCUCUUUUAUCAACUUAAUCCUGACGAAAUGUGGAUGACUUCUUAAAAAUCUUCUCAAGGUGUCUGGCUGUCUGUGGUGGGGAGGUCAUGGCGGGGGCCAGGUCAGGGUGGGCACGGUGGGUGUGACUGCAGGAGGAUCCACAGAACCAGAGCAGAGACACCUCACCAGGAAAGUGGCCUCCAGAUUGAACAGAGGUGGGCACAGGUUUGAGGGGGAGGACACACACUCACUAUCACCCAUCUUUACCAAAAACUGAGUAUUGUGCUAAACGAAGGUUAGGGACUGGGCCACGUGCAGAGAGCGAGCUUCAAAAUCCACAUGACCUGGGUCCAAAUCAUAGUGCUGCUGCAGCCUGCUGACUGUGUCAUCUCAGGCAAGGAAGUUUGUGUCUCUGAGCCUUGCUAUCCUUGUCUAGAAAAUGGAGCUAAAAUAUCGCUGACCUCAUAGGGGAUGUAGAGUCAGUGAAUGCAGUGGUGACCAGAGCUGGCUGCUAAGAACCAGCUGUUCUUCCCAGUUCUAGGUGUAGGGUGACGUCACACUGGGAGCUAGAAGUUGACCAUGGUAGAAGAAUUUACACACAGAAAUGGUACACAUCAAAACUUCUCUUUUUUUUUCCCCAGAGAACUGGUUGUUAAGCAUUUACCAGCACGCUACUUGUUAAAUGACAAGUUGUAUUUAAAUUGCUAUGCGCAAUGCUUGGUAGUAGUGGUUAUUACUAUUAUUAAUUAUAGAACCACAGGGCACCUCCUUGGCUCAGUUAAGCAUCUGCCUUUGGCUCAGGUCACGAUCUCACAGCUCAUGAGUUCGAGCCCCACAUGGGGCUCUGUGCUGACAGCUCAGAGCCUGGAACCUGCUUCAGAUUCUGUCUCUGUAUGUCUCUGUUCCUCUCCUGCUUGCGCGCUCUCUCUCUCUCUCUCUCUCUCUCUCUCUCUCUGUCAAAAAUAAACAUUAAGAAAUUUAAUUAUAGGACCCUAAUAUUAUAUAAAUAUUAGGGUGGUUUCAUGAUUGGACAUUCCAUGUGCUGACUCUGCAUUUAUUUUAACUGCUUAGAGGCCUUUUCUGCUAAUCCUCUGGUCCCUAGCCCUGUCCUGGAUAGCUGAUAUUAUUAGUCAGCUGAGUUCCAGAUAGAUGAAGUAUCUUACAGGUGCCCCAAAUGAACAUUUAUUGAGCAUGGACUAAAUGCCAGGUGUUAGGAAAGCACUUUUCAUAUAUGAUCUCAUUUAAUCCCCCAACAACUCUGUGAGGCAGAAACUGUUAUAAAUCACACUGUGUAGGCACAGAUGGGGCUCAUAGAAGUUAGGUGACACAGGUUGCACAGCUGCUCAGUUGAAGGUGCUGGGCUUUGAACCCACGCAUUUAACUCCGGAGGCUGUGAUUUCACCAGGUAGAUCCUAGAGGUUAAAUGUGGAGGGGGCAGGUGCUUGGGUCCUUGGGGUGUGGACCCUCCUUCUUGCUGGGAGGCUUUGGGGAUGGGGGUGGGCAGGGUCGAGAAGUCCUGACUGUGUCCGCUUGGCUGAUGGCAAACAGUCCGAUUUUACUAGAUGUGUGCAGGCCGGGUUCUGAUUGGCAAGAGGAUGUCUCUGUUGGAAGGGAAUCUUGGCCACUUGCCUCUUGGCAGCAGGCUCUUGGCUACCACGUGGGCUGCCAUGCUGAAGCAGUGAGAAUUAUUCGGCAACCUUGCCUGGGAUAGUUUACAGUGGGCUGGGGGCUCUGCCAGUCUCUCAGACAGGCUGGCAGAGAGAGCAAGAAAGUGAGCGCUGCCACAGAGAAGCCCACACUCAGCUUCUUCGCUGUUCUUCUGCCCCUGUCUGUCUCCAUCUCUUGCCAUCCCUCAGCCUCUCCCUCUGCCAGGACUUAAGGAGCCAGUAGUACGACAGGUGGUUUGGCAGCAAGGGAAACGACGUCUCCUGUCCCCACAGGCCUGCAUUCCCUCAGCUCUACUAAAACUUGAGGCCUUUUGCUUCCAUGGCUCCCAGUUUGCCUGAAGAUGAAGUUCAGACUCCUUGGUUUGGCUUGAAGACUUCUCAUGAAGGAGCUUAAUUCCGUCGCUUCCGAGCUGUCUGCACGGCAGGAGGAGAGUGAACAUUCUCAUAAACAUUUAAUUGAACUCCGCCGGGAAUUUAAGAAAAAUGUACCUGAGGAAAUCAGAGAGAUGGUGGCUCCUGUAUUAAAAAGCUUCCAAGCUGAGGUGGUGGCCCUUAGUAAGAGAAGUCAGGAGGCCGAGGCAGCUUUCCUGAGCGUUUACAAGCAAUUAAUUGAAGCACCAGACCCUGUGCCUGUGUUUGAGGCAGCGCGCGGCCUAGACGACAGACUGCAGCCCCCCAGCUUCGACCCCAGCGGGCAGCCGCGGCGAGACCUCCACACUUCGUGGAAGAGGCACCCCGAGCUCCUUGGCCCUAAAGAGCAGAGAGAGGGGACGUCUCCGGCCGGACCCACGCUGACCGAGGGGAGCCGCCUCCCAGGCAUUCCUGGCAAAGCCCUCCUGACAGAAACUUUGCUGCAGAGAAAUGAGGCAGAGAAACAAAAGGGCCUUCAAGAAGUACAAAUCACUUUGGCAGCCAGACUGGGGGAGGCAGAGGAAAAGAUCAAAGUCCUACAUUCAGCGUUAAAGGCCACACAGACAGAGCUGUUGGAACUGCGGCGGAAAUACGAUGAGGAGGCAGCAUCCAAGGCAGAUGAAGUCGGCCUGAUCAUGACCAACUUGGAGAAGGCUAAUCAGCGAGCUGAGGCUGCCCAGCGGGAGGUAGAAAGUCUUCGAGAACAACUCGCCUCAGUCAACAGCUCUAUCCGCCUGGCCUGCUGCUCCCCCCAGGGACCCAGUGGGGAUAAGGUGAACUUCGCGCUGUGCUCAGGCCCCCGGCUUGAGGCUGCCCUGGCCUCCAAGGAUCGGGAGAUCCUGCGGCUGCUGAAGGAUGUGCAGCACCUCCAGAAUUCUCUGCAGGAACUGGAGGAGACCUCUGCCAACCAGAUUGCGGACCUGGAGCGGCAGCUCACGGCCAAGUCUGAAGCCAUAGAGAAGCUGGAAGAGAAGCUCCAGGCACAGUCUGACUAUGAAGAAAUUAAAACAGAGCUGAGCAUUCUGAAAGCCAUGAAGCUGGCCUCUAGCACCUGCAGCCUCCCGCAGCCCAGCUUCUUGUCUCCUCAGGGCAUGUCCAAGCCCGAAGACUCGUUGCUCAUGGCAAAGGAGGCCUUCUUCCCCACGCAGAAAUUCCUUCUGGAAAAGCCUGGUCUUCUGACCAGCCCUGAGGAGGACCCUUCAGAGGAUGAUUCCAUCAAGGACUCCCUGGGCACAGAGCAGUCCUACCCAUCGCCUCCACAGCUCCCGCCACCGCCAGGGCCUGAAGACCCACUGUCCCCCAGCCCUGGGCAGCCCCUGCUGGGCCCUGGCCUGGGCCCCGAUGGCCCAAGGACUUUCUCAUUGUCCCCCUUCCCCAGCCUGGCGUCUGGGGACAGACUGGCAGGGGACACACUGCUGUCCAAACAUAUGAUGCCCCCGGCCACCUUCAAGGGGGAGGCGGGUGGCCUGCUGGUGUUCCCCCCAGCCUUCUAUGGCACCAAGCCGCCCACGGCCCCUGCCACCCCAGCUCCUGGCCCUGAGCCACCCGGGGCCCCCGAGCCUGUAGAUGGGGGUGGGGGCAGCACAGCUGGGGCAGGGGCCGGAACCGAGGAGGAGCAGCUGGACACGGCGGAGAUUGCAUUCCAGGUGAAGGAGCAGCUGCUCAAACACAACAUCGGGCAGCGGGUGUUUGGCCACUAUGUACUGGGGCUGUCACAGGGCUCGGUCAGCGAGAUCCUGGCCCGGCCCAAGCCCUGGCGCAAGCUCACAGUGAAGGGCAAGGAGCCCUUCAUCAAGAUGAAGCAGUUCCUGUCGGAUGAGCAGAACGUGCUGGCUCUGAGGACCAUCCAGGUGCGGCAGCGAGGCAGUAUCACCCCAAGAAUCCGCACACCAGAGACAGGCUCAGAUGACGCCAUCAAGAGCAUCCUGGAACAGGCCAAGAAAGAGAUCGAGUCCCAGAAAGGGGGUGAGUCCAAGAACUCCACGGCCCCACUGGGCAUCACCAACGGCACAGCCCCCGCCAGCACCUCGGAAGAUGCCAUCAAGAACAUUCUGGAGCAAGCGCGCCGCGAGAUGCAGGCGCAACAGCAGGCCCUGCUGGAGAUGGAGGCCGGCCCCCGGGGCCGCUCGGUGCCUCCCUCGCCCCCAGAGCGGCCCUCGCUGGCCACUGCGAGCCAGAAUGGGGCUCCGACCUAUGUCAAGCAGGAGGACAGCAGCGGUGGUGGUGGCGGCGGGGGAACCAGCAGCAGCGCCACACAGACCUCCCUCACGGUCUUGUCCCCUGCUGCCUUCGUGCAGAGCAUCAUCCGGAAGGUCAAGUCGGAGAUUGGCGACGCCGGCUACUUCGACCACCACUGGGCCUCGGACCGUGGCCUGCUCAGCCGCCCCUACACCUCUGUCUCACCCUCCCUCUCCUCCUCCUCCUCCGGCUACUCCGGACAGCCCAACGGGCGGGCCUGGCCCCGUGGGGACGAGGCCCCCACGGCCCCCGAGGACGAAGCGGCGGGGGGCGAGGAUGAGCCUCCCAGAGUGGGCGAGCUGAAGGCCGAAGGUGGCGUCCCCGAGGCGGGCAGCGGUGGGCGGCUGGCCUACUACCCAGCGUACGUGCCCCGCACACUGAAGCCUACCGUGCCGCCCCUGACCCCCGAGCAGUACGAGCUUUACAUGUACCGGGAGGUGGAUACACUGGAGCUGACGCGCCAGGUCAAGGAGAAGCUGGCCAAGAAUGGAAUCUGCCAGAGGAUCUUUGGGGAGAAGGUGCUGGGCCUGUCACAGGGCAGUGUGAGCGACAUGCUGUCCCGGCCGAAGCCGUGGAGCAAGCUGACACAGAAGGGGCGAGAGCCCUUCAUCCGCAUGCAGCUGUGGCUCUCAGACCAGCUCGGCCAGGCCAUCAGCCAGCAGCCCAGCGCCUCUCAGGCCAGUCCCACGGAACCGAGGUCCUCGCCGUCCCCACCCCCUAGCCCCACGGAGCCGGAGAGGAGCUCCCAGGAGCCCUUGAGCCUGGCACUGGAGGGCAGCAAGGAGAACCAGCAGCCGGAGGGACGCUCCAGCUCCUCGCUGGGGGGGAAGGUGUACUCGGGCAGCCAGGCCACGGGGGGCAUCCAGGAGAUUGUGGCCAUGUCCCCCGAGCUGGACACAUACUCCAUCACCAAGAGAGUCAAAGAGGUCCUCACAGACAACAAUCUAGGGCAGCGGCUGUUUGGGGAGAGCAUCCUGGGACUGACACAGGGCUCCGUGUCUGACCUGCUGUCCCGGCCCAAACCCUGGCACAAGCUGAGCCUGAAGGGACGGGAGCCCUUUGUGCGCAUGCAGCUGUGGCUCAAUGACCCCCAUAAUGUGGAGAAGCUGAGGGACAUGAAGAAGCUGGAGAAGAAAGCCUACCUCAAGCGCAGGUACGGCCUCAUUAGCACCGGCUCCGACAGCGAGUCUCCAGCCACCCGCUCCGAGUGCCCCAGCCCCUGCCUGCAGCCCCAGGACCUGAGCCUCCUGCAGAUCAAGAAGCCCCGAGUGGUACUGGCGCCCGAGGAGAAGGAGGCGCUGAAGAAGGCCUACCAGCUGGAGCCCUACCCCUCCCAGCAGACCAUCGAGCUCCUCUCCUUCCAGCUCAACCUCAAGACCAACACCGUCAUCAACUGGUUCCACAACUACAGGUCCCGGAUGCGCCGGGAGAUGUUGGUGGAGGGGACCCAAGACGAACCAGACCUCGACCCUAGUGGGGGUCCCGGCGUCCUGCCACCAGGCCACUCCCGCCCAGACCCUACCCCACAGAGCCCUGACUCUGAGGCUGAGGACCAGAAGCCUCCUGUGAAGGAGCUGGAGCCUCAGGAGGGCUCUGAGGAGCGCGUCAUACCCCCGACCACCCAGGACAAGGCCCAGGUGAGGAUUAAGCAGGAACAGACUGAGGAGGAUGCAGAGGAAGAGGCGGGAAACCAGCUCCGGGACCCAGGGGAGCCAGACGAAGGCCAAGGUUCCCCCAAAGAGGCGCAUCCCGACCAUCCGGGUAAUGACAGACUCCCGAAAGUGGCCCCAGGGCUCCUCCUUCCAGGCGGGACCACUCCAGACUGCCCCUCACUGCAGCCCCCCCAGGAGAGCGAGGGUGGGGAGCGGCUACACCCGGACCCUCUGAGUUUUAAGUCGGUCUCCGAGUCCUCGCGCUGCAGCCUGGAGGUGUCGCUGAACUCACCCUCAGCCGCCUCCUCACCGGGCCUCAUGAUGUCUGUGUCACCUGUCCCCUCCUCCUCAGCCCCCAUCUCCCCAUCCCCACCCGGCGCCCCUCCCGCCAAAGUGCCGAGCGCCAGCCCCACUGCCGACACGGCUGGGGCCCUGCACCCCAGCGCCAAGGUGAACCCCAACUUGCAGCGGCGACACGAGAAGAUGGCCAACCUGAACAGCAUCAUCUACCGGCUAGAGAGGGCCGCCAAUCGGGAGGAGGCCUUGGAGUGGGAGUUCUGAAGGCGGCCGGGCGCACGAGGGCAGGGGGCACACGGGGGGCCGCCCUUCCCUCUCUCACUCGCUCUGCCAGGCAGGGUGGGGGAAGGAAGGGAGGAACUCGACCAUCAAAAUGUGGGCAGCAGUGUGAUGCAGUUUACGUUUUCUGUCGUAACCCCAGUUCUGGGACGCGGCACAGGAGCGGGUGGGGCGUGUGCCACCACCGCCUCUCCUUGGCACCCGCCACCCCGCGGGGCGCCCCCUUCUCCACCCUGGCCUCUCUGCGGGAGGCACAAGCGAUGUGGCACCACAUUCUCACCUGGAAACUCCAAACUCUUUUAGAAAAAUCAAUAUUUAUAGACCUCUUUUAGAUAUUUUAAUAAAGGAUCCUUUGGAAUUUAUUCCCAGCCAAUGCUGUUUUGAUAUUACAGAGAGUUAUAAAAUCAGGAUGCGGUCACAACUGUUGCGAAGUAUACAUCGAAGUUGUGUCGUUUUUGCCACUAGAUGAGAUUAAAAGAAGACAAUUGUUCAAAGCCAUCACAAAACACUCUUAAGACUGACCAAAAUUUAGAUGACCCUUGAACUGCGGUCUUUUGCCACAUCUGUCUGUGAGACACAGCACACUGCUACUGCCCUUCCAGAAACCGUGCUGAAAAGAGAAAGUCCAAAAGACUCUAAAUGAAAACCUCAAUGCCGUUGAGGAUGUGUUUCAUUCUGGUGGUCUGUUUUGCAACCUUGAUAACACAGAACGUCCCGUGCCGUUGUAAGUGUUGUAGAGAUGUGGGCUGUGGCCGGCCAUCCUACCCGAGAUGUGACCUGGUACAAAACAAACUACUUCUCCUCCCUCCAGUCAGAAGCCUGUGGGCCACGGAGGUCGGACACCCAGCCUGUCCAUCUGUAGACGAGAUGUGUUUCUGGAUCCUUUGGAAAGCUGGGCGUGGGGUCAGGUGAUUGGAGGGCAGCAUUUGAGCCAGAGUGACCCUGUUCCCCAACCUGAAUCGUGGCCACGGCACAGGAAGUUUCCCCACUGGCUUUCCAGAGCAGGACUGUGGCCACCAUCUCUCCCUCCCUGUGUUUUAAGAAAAUAAUAGCGAUGGUCGUCCCACGAGUGCCCAGCACCAAAAAGUAGAUUCAUCUAUCUAGAGACCCCAGCCCUCCUUCUUGCCAUCUUCUCUCUCAAGUUGACCCAGGUGCUGUUUCUGGAAGGCAUCUGCAACUCCCAAGUCCAGAACAAAGCGAGAAGGUUGAGUUCAUGGCAUGGCCACCAUACCCCAGCCUCUAAGUCUACCCUCCUGCCUCCCAGCGCACGACCUUUUGGGGAGCAAAGACUCCAUCCCCCCAACUCGGAGAAGCCCUUCCUCUAGCAUCUUCGUCGUCAGGGUCUCUGGCAGGAGAGUUCCCAGUUUGGAUGGAACCGCCACCAUGUUGGUUUUUGACUCUCUCCCUCUCUCUCUCUCUCUCUGUCUCUCUCCCGUUUUUAUUUCUUUUCCUUUUUCAAACUGUCUGUGGGAAGGCUGAGUUGGUUGACUCCCCAGCUGAAUCCAGAAUGACGAUGAAAAGGUGGCCAUAAUCGGUACCAAUCCAAUGCCAGGGGGAGACGGCUGGUGGGUCUCAAGGAUGCAGCAAGCAUUUCGAAACGAGGCCAGUAAAACCCAGUGAUCAGAAGGGGACAAUUGAGGGCUGUUCCAGAAAUCUCAACUCUCAUGCACCCAGCCCAGGCUGCAGUCUCCACACCAAUCAGUGAAGAACAACGCAAACCCUGCAGGAAAACGUCCUUUUCCACACACCCAGGCUAUGCAUUGAAGAGUUUUCCACUGUAUACAUUUUUAUCCAGAGGAAGGUAUUUUUAUAUUUUGACAAUAGGAAACAGUGACCAAUUUUCAGAGUAAUCAAAUCUGGAACAAACGAAACGUCUCCUUUUAGCCACCGCCGCCCUGUCACAAGACAACCGUGAGGGAACACACCGCUUUCUACUGUCGAAACCCAUCCAAUAUUGAAACCCAGGCUCACCCGUAGACUACAGAUCUUAGAGGACUAAAUCUGGCUUUUGUGUGACGGGAUUUGAUUAAGCACUUAGGAUAGUCUUUUGAACACAGAAAUCCUGUUGUACUUAAAGCUAGCAGACCCAUGAACAACUUUGUCAGGUUCACGUCCUAUAACGGUAAAAACAAAACAAAAACCCACAAAACCGUUUCUAUGAGAGAUUGAUGAACUUUGUUUAAAAUUUUAAAAACACGUUCUGUAAACGCGUCGCUCAAUACAGAAUUGUAUAAUAA